AUGUCCACCACCACGGCUUCCAGCACGCCGCUGGACCCCCGGCCAGUCUUCUUCUUCGACAUUGACAACUGUCUCUACUCCAGAGGAUGCAACAUCCACGAUGAGAUGCAGAAAUUGAUCACCCAAUUCUUCAUCAAACACCUCUCCCUCAACGCCGAUGACGCACACAUGCUUCACAUGAAAUACUACAAGGAGUACGGUCUCGCUAUCGAAGGUCUCACACGCCACCAUAAGAUCGAUCCGCUGGAGUUCAACCGCGAAGUCGACGAUGCGCUGCCCCUCGACGAUAUCCUCAAGCCGGACCCCCAGCUGCGUCAGCUGCUCGAGAACAUUGACCAGAGUAAAGUGAGGCUGUGGCUGCUCACAAACGCCUACGUCACCCACGCGAAGCGCGUCGUGAAGCUGCUCCAGAUCGAUGAUCUGUUCGAGGGCAUCACGUACUGUGACUAUGCGGAGACCCCGCUAGUCUGCAAGCCCAGUCAGACCAUGUAUGAGAGGGCAGAGAGGGAUGCUGGGGCAUCGAGUACGGCUGAGUGUUAUUUUGUUGAUGACUCUCAUCUCAACUGCACUCAUGCCACGGAGCGCGGCUGGGCUGUCGCCCAUCUUGUAGAGCCGGGGCUCCCCGUGCCCAAUGUGCCGGCUUCCCCGUACGUUAUUCAAAGCCUAGAGGAGCUGAGGGCCUGCUUCCCCAGCCUGUUCAAGAGCAAUUAA